CUCGCUGCUGCCGCAGCUGGCGCUGCCCCUCCUCCUGCGCCUCCUCCCUCCGCCCUCCUCCUCCUCCUGCUGCUCCUCCUCCUCUCUCCUCUCCUCUCCUCUCCUCCUCCUCCUCUAGUGCCACUGAGUGAGGAUCCGCCGCCGCAGCCUUCACCGUCCCGGGAACCAUGGCUUCUGGAGUAACUGUGAAUGAUGAAGUAAUCAAAGUUUUUAAUGAUAUGAAAGUAAGGAAAUCUUCGACACAAGAGGAGAUCAAAAAAAGAAAGAAAGCAGUUCUCUUCUGUUUAAGUGAUGACAAAAAACAAAUAAUUGUAGAGGAAGCAAAGCAGAUCUUGGUGGGUGACAUUGGUGAAACUGUAGAGGACCCCUACACAUCUUUUGUGAAGUUGCUACCUCUGAAUGAUUGCCGAUAUGCUUUGUAUGAUGCCACAUACGAGACAAAAGAGUCUAAGAAAGAAGACCUAGUUUUUAUAUUCUGGGCUCCUGAAUGUGCACCUUUAAAAAGCAAGAUGAUUUAUGCUAGUUCUAAAGAUGCCAUUAAAAAGAAAUUUACAGGUAUUAAACACGAGUGGCAAGUAAAUGGCUUGGAUGAUAUUAAGGAUCGUUCAACGCUUGGAGAGAAAUUGGGAGGCAAUGUAGUAGUUUCACUUGAAGGAAGACCUUUAUAAAGUGACAGUGAAGUGCCAUCUGGAAGUAGCUUCCAUUUUUGCAGCUCCAUCAGUUGGAAUAGUGUUAGGUUUUUGUCCCUUACCAUACCUUCCCAGAAAACAUAAAGAAGUCAGUAAUUUAAGCAGCCUACCAGUGAUUGCCAUUAGACUGUUUCAUCCUGGUAGUUAUAUGUAGAACCAUAGGAAUGCCUUCACAUCACAUUUUAGCCAAAACAAAUGGCAUUAUAUGCAUCCCUUGCAGAACUAAGAUGAAUAUGAUAGUAAUAUGAAUAGCUUAGAAAACUGCAAAGGGUUAAGCUAAUUGAAUGCCUUGAAAGUAUGAUCCACCACUGGUCAGAUGCUAAACUUCAUUCAGUAUUACUUAGAGUUGCACUUGAUUGCAGUUCCUGAAGUUCUUGUGCUUCGUACACCUAACCUGCCUUUAACACGCCUAUUGUGACGUGGCAGCAUGUGUAUGUGUAUGUGUGUGUGUAUGUAUAUAUAUAAUACAUAUAUAUAUAUAUAUAUAUAUAUAUAUAUAUA